CUGAUUUCCUACGAACUGUAACUCAGUAAAAUUGUUGCAAUUGUAUUUUUGUUCAGUGUAGAUAAUUCAUUCAGUAGGGCUAUUAGGCGUGGUUAUACAGCACAGAAUGGUUGGUAGUCAAACUGAAACUAAGUUUAAGGAGAAUGGACUACAGAACGGUAGGCUCAACUUACUUUUUUUGUUUCAGUCUCGUUUUAAACACCAAUUCGUUUCUGUUGCUGAAUUUUCUGACUUUUACCAAAAUGUUUCAGCUUUGUCAUGAGUGAUGACCUGUAGGCAUUUCUCUCAUGACACCCAGUUCAAACCCUUUGAUGCAACUCUCUGUGUUGAUCUGAGCUCAAUGGAUAUUUCAGAUCCUUUGGGACUCUCCAUGCCAGUUCUUUAUAUAAGAGACCAUCAAUUUAGAAUGUUAUUCUCUGACAUCUUCCAUUAUGUAACCUCAGCAAAGCUUCUUAAUCUGGACUCUGCAAUCAUCCCUUAUUCUUAUUCAUUUGCUCAUCAUGAUAAUGAUGGAAGAAAAGUACAAAUAAAUAAAAUAGGCUGUAAUAUGUCCAAUGUCUCAAAAUAGGACAAGUACAAUAGGCUAUACAUAUAAUAAGAAGUGGUUGAUGUCCCCUUCAUAUUCGAUUCUGUCUAGGACCAUGAAGCCAAACUCAGAUCUUGCCAAAACAGGGAGUGACGAUUUUGACGUACAAGGAAGCGCUGCUCGAACUGUCGGUAAAAUCUCAGACCAAAGUAACGCAUUAGUACUGGAGUAUGAGUACACAAUUAAAGGCUAUACUUUUAUUUUGAUUCGUCUCAAUUCCUGCUCUCUCGAGGGGAUUUGUUUGUAAAUAACAAUCAUGUGCUGCACGGAUUCCUGCUGCUGUCCAGUUAUAACUACAAACCCAUCCGGAAUACUGGGGAUUUGAGUCGCUUCGAUUAGCCUAGGGACAACUGGAAAGCGAAUGUCGAGGGUCGACUAUUGUAGUUUUCUUUACAAAUCGCGAUCAAUCCAGUAAAUUGAAGCUGCUUUUCAAUGAUAUUGCAUUUAUUUGCUUGGUCGACUGACCUGCUCCAAGUUUGAUUUCUCUGGCCGACUGUUGAUGUGCUCAAUUGUAACAUUCAACUUGUUACAUUGUGCUAUUGUAACCUCUCAUAUAGUUACAGUAGUGUCAGUAGCGCCGCGUGAAUGUUUAUUGAUCAACUCGUCAUUUCAACUCUGGAUUUCUUCUAAGGUAGACCCUCUGAAUUUUACUCUAAGCUGUUCAAUAGAACAUCAUUGAUGGACAUAGUUCUUCCUGCUUUACAUCCGGUUUGAAAUAAGGGCCAUUUUUUUCUAUGGCAGGAAUGCAUCAUUCUGGCCCCUUCAUUGGUUAUUGAUCCAGUAGUUGACUGUAAAUAAGCAUCCAAAGGCACCGCUCUAUCCACAUUCUCUGACUAGGCUACACCACAUUAUUGAAAGGCAAGUGCAAUUCACCAGAACUUUGCACAGCCCUUUGGCACUUUCCAUGUUUUGCUGUGCCCUAGUAGACUAGAUAACAGAGAGAGAACAUGGAAGAUGAGAUGUUUGAGCAGCUCAAGUAUGUCCUGAACCAACUGGUGACAUGGAUCGCUGCGGGGGCCAUGGUGUUUGGUGGAGUGGUGCCCUACAUCCCCCAGUACAGGGACAUCAGACGGACACAGAACGCAGAAGGAUUCUCCACCUAUGUCUGCCUCGUCCUACUGGUGGCCAACAUUCUACGUAUACUGUUCAGGUUUGGGCACUACUUUGAGACACCACUCCUUUGGCAGAGCAUCGUCAUGAUAGCCACAAUGUUGAUCAUGCUCAACCUGUGUACCAACGUCCGCGUGGCCACCGAACUCCAGACUAAGCGACGUUCAUUCACAGCAACAGUCAGUAAGGACGAGGAGAUCAAAGUCCCUAAGAAGUUAUUUCUGGACUUUGAAUGGAGCCACUUCUGGUCGUGGAGUCGUUUCGUGGACUACAUGCAGUGUGUGGUGGCGUUCACCCUGCUGGUGGCCUACAUCACCUAUCUGAUGCUGGACUCCUCUGUGUUCGUAGAGACCCUGGGCUUCCUAGCUGUCUUCACUGAGGCCAUGCUGGGGACGCCACAGCUCUAUUGCAACUACCAGAACAAGAGUACUGAGGGGAUGAGUAUAAAGAUGGUGAUGAUGUGGACGAGUGGGGACACCUUUAAGACGGGUUACUUCCUGCUGACCGAGGCUCCUGUCCAGUUCUGGACCUGUGGUCUGCUGCAGGUGGGAGUGGACAUUGCCAUCCUCUUCCAGGUGUACUACUACAGCCGCUACCCGCAGAAACCCGUCUCACACACCGUGUCCCACACAACCAGCACCAAGGCACUCUGAGACCCCUAACACACACAUAGUUAUCAAUCGGUCAUGAGUGCACACAGUGUAACUUUGCCUGAAGAAUUCUGCUGAAUAAACUUGUUACAUUUCAUUUCAAAAUGGAUGGGACCUCCAGUUAUAUGUGUGUAUGUUGUGCAGAUGGUUAUACAACUAUAUCCCUAAGAAUAUAUCCCUGUAUACGAAUAUUCCUGAGCAUACAUACAAAAUCUUAUGAACAUACAUCAAUCUACGUUGCAAUCAUAUGCACGGUGUAUGUGUAUGGAUGGACACUCAAGGACAUGUGGACCAGCUUUCCUGUCCAUAGACCUGAUGAUUGUUGCAUGAAAAACCUUAAGACUUUCACAAAGGGCUGGUUACCCAGCCAGUGGUAACAAUGUACAACCCAUCAUAAAAGUAACUAACAGAAACCUCACUCAAUGUACAAUGAAAUAAUACUUUUUGGGGAAUUUAGAAUCUACAUUUAAUUUAGAUAGCUUUUUGUUCUGUCUCAGUGGAUUGAUGCUGGUCAGUUCUCCACUGGUCUGGUCUGUCUGAUCACUCAGGCCUCUUCUGUUCUGGUUGGAAGACCUUCUGCUGCUGCUGCUUGUUGGAAAAUUCCCAAGAUAAAUUGAACUGGAAGCAAUUGAAAACAGCAAUUUUACCAAAAAUGAAAAGCCUGUCUGGGCCAGAGGCCUGGUUCCUGGGAGCCCAACAUGUUUCCUUCAGAUGACUCUUAGGAAAAGGUUAAAGACUCAGUGGUUCAGUGGACCACUCUAUAUUGCUUGUAUUACAGACAGUAAGGGAGUCAGCGGAGGGAGGGAGGUAGGUAGGUCUCAACUUGAGGAAAUUGUGUGAAACAAAUCUAUAUUACGUUUAUGUUACUGUUUUCAAUUAUUUCAAUGAGUAGCAACCACGUUGGUAGGCCAGGGAACUGGAAGGCCUUUCUGUUAUGUUAUGUUGUUUUUUUAAUGGUAAAUGAAAACAACAACACAUCAGGAAGGACAUUUAAGUAUAAAGCUUCUGUCUCUAGCACCGUUUAUACCUGGUUCUAACAUGAAUCCUUUGUCCUGAUCUUGUCCACAUUCUGAUUGUUCCCACAUUUUCAGACUGGUGUAGAUGAUUAAAAGACACAUACA